UUGUUUUUAAAUGAAAUGUAAUGUCUUUUAAAUUUAAGACCUGUUUCAGUGAUAUAUGAUAUCAAUUGAUAGUUUGAAAUAAAAAAUUUAUUUUAUUUAUUAUUAUUAUCUUUUUUUGUUGUCUUUACAAAAACAAUGGUAUUCUUUACGUGCAAUUCGUGCGGCGAAUCGCUGAAGAAGAUUAAGGUUAUCCAACAUCUGAGCCACUGUUCGGCCAAAUCGAUAUCGUGUGUGGACUGCGGUAAAGAUUUUACCGAUGACUAUAUCCAUCACAAUCAGUGCAUCAGCGAAGACCAGAAAUAUGGUGGACUUAACUAUCAGGCAAAGCCCGGAACAAAUAAAGGCAAAGACAAACAAGAAAAUUGGGUUCAGAAAGUCAAGUCCGUAAUCAAUGAAAUGGACACAAAUAGUCAUUUAAGAGGUUUGAUGCAAAAGCUGGUCUUAUAUGAUAACAUUCCACGAAAACGACCGAAAUUUACUAAUUUUAUCAAAAAUUGUAUCCAUAUUACCAAUGAAUCGUAUAUUCAACAAAUGUGGGACAUCUUUGAGAAGGUCAUCAAAUCUGAUGAAACCACUAAUAAUAAUAAUAACAACAAUAAUAAUAAUAAUAGUAAUAAACAAAUGUCAUCACCGGUUGUCGAGAAAAGAGUGGCAGACAAUGAGGAUAAUCAGCAAAAUUCAACCAAAAGAAAGAAGUUUAAAAAAACAAAUGGUAUUCAAUCUGAUGAUAAUAAUAAUAAUAAUGAGGAAACAAAUGAAGUGGAAACUAAUGAUAAUGAAGAAGAGACAGAAGUUCAGCCAAAGACAAAAACGAAGAUAAAGAUCAACAAAUUGAUUGUCGAAAUACUGAGAGAAACUGAAGGAAAUCAAUUGAAAAUUAAAAAGUUAAGAAAAAGGGUACUUAAAAGAUAUAAAUCAUUGGUCGAAGAUUACGAUAAGGAAACUGUUGUCUCAAAGUUUGAUAAAAGGAUUCAUAAAAACAAAAAGAUUUCGAUAAACGAAGGAUUGGUUUCAUUGAUUGUGUAAAUCAUUUAUAAAACAAAUUAAAUACUUUACGAAAUAUUUUACAUCAUUUUUUAGGCAAAUUUUUAUAACAAAUUUUUAACUAUUAAUAUUAAAAUGACUAUUAAAUAACUACAGAAACUAAUAGUUAAUAUAAU